UCAAUUGAAGAAAAUGAAGUUUAUCUGCCUAAUGAUGAGCUCUGGAUCUAUGAAAUGGAUAGUGGGUUAUGGACAAUGCACCUAAUGGAAGGAGAGUUACCUACCUCCAUGUCAGGAAGCUGUGGGGCAAGCAUUAAUGGGAAGCUGUACAUUUUUGGUGGAUUUGAUGAUAAAGGAUACAGUAAUCGGCUGUAUUAUGUUAAUUUGCGAACAAAAAAUGGAACCUAUAGGUGGAAAAAAAUUACAAAUUUUAAAGGUCAACCUCCUACACCACGUGACAAGCUUUCCUGCUGGGUGUAUAAGGACAGGCUAAUAUAUUUUGGUGGCUAUGGCUGUAGGAAGCAUAAUGAACUGAGUGAUUGUUUUGAUGUCCAUGAUGCAUUUUGGGAAGGACAGAUAUUCUGGGGAUGGCAUAAUGAUGUUCAUGUUUUUGAUACAACCACACAAACUUGGUCUCAACCAGCAAUUAGAGGUGGAGAUCCACCUCAGCCUCGAGCAGCUCAUACAUGUGCUGUGCUGGGAAAUAAAGGUUACAUCUUUGGAGGACGAGUGCUGCAAACUAGAAUGAAUGAUUUGCACUGCCUGAAUUUAGACACUUGGACCUGGUCUGGAAGAAUUAAUAUCAGUGGAGAGAAACCAAAAGAUCGAUCCUGGCACACGUUGACUCCGAUAGGAGAUGACAGACUUUUUCUUUUUGGCGGACUUAGCUCUGAUAAUGUUCCUUUAAGUGACGGCUGGAUUCACAACAUUACAACAAAUGGAUGGAAACAACUUACCCAUUUGCCUAAGAGUAGGCCUAGAUUGUGGCAUACAGCCUGCCUUGGAAAAGAAGGAGAAGUGAUGGUGUUUGGUGGAAGCAAAGAUGACUUGCAUUUCAUGGACACAGGUCACUGCAGUGACUUGUUGAUAUUUCAGACACAACCUUAUUCACUCCUCAGGUUGUGUCUUGACUGCAUUGGUAAAAAUGCAUCUCUCUUAAAGAAUCAAAUACCAUGCUUGCCAUCGAAACUUUUGCAGCAGGUGCUGAAAAAAAUAACCUUCUGGGCUGCAGUUAACCACCGGCAAGAGAAGAAAGCUGAAACUGAAAGACAAAGUCAACUAAAUAGCACAUGAACAAUGGCAACAAAACUGUUGAACACUUCGGUUUAUUUACGGCGUACAGCAAAGUCUUUUGUUAGUGAACUUUACUAAUGCUACGGAACAACUGUAUGUUAAGCUGAGUUUCUAAGUGAAGUUUGAGAACAAAGAAAUCCUUUUUAUGGAAGCCUCUUUUGUUUUCUGCAUUAUAGAAAACUGAUAAAACGUUAUUUGUAUAUAUUGUUAACUUAUGCUGUUGUGGUCUUAAUGAGACGCUCCAUACAACUUGUUCAUUUGCAAGGUGAC